GCCGGGGUUCCGGCUACAUUUCCAUGAGCGCCGCCGGCAGCCGAGGAGCUGCGGGAACCCGACUCGGGGUGAGCUGGGCCUCUGUAGUCCACCACGCACAGCUUUUAGGUAAAUCUGAAUAAGAGAUCUGAGCUGACCGGCCCAGCUGUACAACCUUUCAAGGACAGUUAAUAUUUCCAGUAGAGAGGAACAAAGGACACAGACCAAGAUGAACGCCAUGCUGGAGACGCCCGAGCUGCCGGCUGUGUUUGACGGGGUGAAGCUGGCCGCGGUGGCCGCCGUGCUAUACGUGAUCGUCCGCUGCUUGAAUCUGAAGAGCCCCACGGCCCCGCCUGACCUCUACUUCCAGGACUCCGGGCUCUCCCGCUUUCUGCUCAAGUCCUGUCCGCUCCUGACCAAAGAAUACAUCCCACCGUUGAUCUGGGGGAAGAGUGGGCACAUCCAAACCGCCUUGUAUGGGAAGAUGGGAAGGGUGAGGUCACCACACCCGUAUGGGCACCGGAAGUUCAUCACCAUGUCUGAUGGAGCCACUUCGACCUUCGACCUCUUCGAGCCCUUGGCUGAGCACUGUGUUGGAGAUGACGUCACCAUGGUCAUCUGCCCUGGAAUUGCCAAUCACAGUGAGAAGCAGUACAUCCGGACCUUUGUCGACUAUGCCCAGAAAAAUGGCUACCGGUGCGCUGUGCUCAACCACCUGGGCGCCCUGCCCAACAUCGAGCUCACUUCGCCACGCAUGUUCACCUACGGCUGCACCUGGGAAUUUGGAGCCAUGGUAAACUACAUCAAGAAGACGUACCCCCUGACCCAGCUGGUCGUUGUGGGCUUUAGCCUGGGUGGUAACAUCGUGUGUAAAUACCUGGGGGAGACUCAAGCAAACCAAGAGAAGGUCCUGUGCUGCGUCAGCGUGUGCCAGGGGUACAGCGCGCUGAGGGCCCAGGAGACCUUCAUGCAGUGGGACCAUUGCCGGCGCUUUUACAACUUCCUCAUGGCCGACAACAUGAAGAAGAUCAUCCUCUCGCACAGACAAGCUCUUUUUGGAGACCAUGUAAAGAAGCCCCGGAGCCUGGAGGACUCGGACCUGAGUCGCCUCUACACGGCCACGUCCCUCAUGCAGAUUGAUGACAACGUGAUGAGGAAGUUUCACGGCUACAGGUCCCUGAAGGAGUACUAUGAAGAAGAGAGCUGCAUGCGGUACCUGCACAGGAUUUACGUGCCUCUCAUGCUGGUUAACGCAGCCGAUGACCCGCUGGUACAUGAAAGUCUUCUAACCAUUCCAAAAUCUCUUUCAGAGAAACGGGAGAACGUCAUGUUUGUGCUGCCUCUGCACGGGGGCCACCUGGGCUUCUUUGAGGGCUCCGUGCUGUUCCCUGAGCCCCUCACGUGGAUGGACAAGCUGGUGGUGGAGUACGCCAACGCCAUUUGCCAGUGGGAGCGCAGCAAGUUGCAGUGCUCCGACACGGAGCAGGUGGAGGCCGACCCGGAGUGAGGCCUCCCGGACUCUGGCGCGCUCCAGCUGCCCUCCUCUGGAGCCCGCGUCCCUCACGGCUGCUUCAGGUCUCCCCUCUCCCUCGUGACCUGGAUCUGACCUCACACCGUCAGCGGGGGCCACCAUCAGGCACGCCUGUCUUGGGGUGGGCAGCUCUCCUGGGAGCUCCAGGCUAUUUUUGUGCUUAGUUACUGGUUUUCUCCGUUACAUUGUUAGCCAUGGUGACAGGCGACAGGCUUCUCACCGUCUGUCCAGUUUCAGCAGCAUCAUGAUUGCUUUUAAGCCAAUUACUUCUAGUUUCCCUAUGAAAAAUGUGUUGGAACAGCCGUUUUGCUUUGCCAAUCAAAAGGCUUUUCCCCAAGAACAGUGAAGGAUGCCUGUCAUUUUGUGUGGUCGGAUGUGUCCUUACGUAGCUUGGGAAAGAGCUCACCAGCCUCAGCCCAGGCUGGAGACGCAGGUCAGCUCGGGAGCCUGGGGGACCCCGGCCUCCCAGGCCGCACCAGGGCCUCUUACAUGGCAGAAAAAAUUCCCUUGAGUCACAAGCCAAGUUCCUUCUUCGCUAUCUCCUGAGACAGUUUCCCCUGCGCUUUGCUGGUGACGAGAGUGACCUGGGACGCUUAUUAAAAAUUCAGCCUCCCAGCUCCCUCCCUCUGGAGAAGCUGAUUCAAUGGGUCUGGGAAGGGGCCUGGGGAUUUUAAUUUUUGACAAGUGCCCCCGGUGAUUCUCAUCACCAGGCAAAUUUGGGAAACUGUUCCGCAAGGCCUUUAAAUUAGAAACAUUUCAGUCUUAAAAUUUUAUUAAAAUUCAUAGUCAGAGGUGCGGCCUAGCUCCCGGGAGCCUCCAGAAGAGCAAGGUCUGCCCUGCCUACGCAGCGGCCCCUGUGGGACCACAGUGUGGGGCCUGGGCAGGGGCGAGCAGCGGGGGCUGCCCCUGGCGCUGCUUCUCACUGGCUGCGUGAGCCUGGGAAGGUCCCUUUGAACGUGAAUUUCUUUACCUGUAAAGUGGGGGACCUGGACCAGGUAGAUUGCCAUGAUCGCUACCAGUCCUUAAGUUCAAUGACAAACUCACCUUGCUGAGGUUUGAGAGAACAUCCCUGUAGGGGAGCCUGGGAGCUGUCUUCCCAGUCUCUACAUGUAGAUGUCAUUAUUUGCCUUUCUUUUCUCUUUUUUUUUUUGUGUGUGUUCCUCAUUUCAUAUAAAGAAGUUUUUGGCUUUUUGUUUUAUUACGCAUCAUUUGUAACUUUAUUUUUUAACCCAGGUCUCUGUAACUCUGGCUUUUGAUACCAAACAAUUCAAAAGUUGGACCUGAGUGGAGAAAGAUCUUUCCAGCUGAAGGAGGUGUUGUUUUGAAGGCAGAUCUUUAAUUUAAUAGCCUAUUGUGAUCUGUUGGAGAGGUCUCUCCAAAGGGUGUCUUCUCAAAUGCAAGUGUUUCAAGUACUUCUUUCUCCAGUCCUGUGGUACUUGAAUGUCUAAAACCCUGCACUUUGAAAAAUCAGCAGUGGCUGUCUGGAACUGUGAGCAAAAUUGCCUGGAUACUUUAAAAUUUUUCCCUACUUCAUCUCCUUUGCUCUGGGACAGAAAGGAAUAUAAAAAGUGGGUCUGCGUGGAUGUUUAAGGGGCGGAGGGAGUCCCUGGGGCUUGGAUGCUGACCCCCGCAGCCACAGGUAGAUACAGUUCAGGCACUGGCCCAAGCGACUAUGGCAGUAACACCUGUAAUCUGAAGAAGCUGUUUGCUGACAAUCACUGGAUCAUCUUACCGAAUAGCAAGAAAAACAACCAUUCUCUCAAAAGAUCGAGAUUUCUGUGGUCUCAGCUUUGCUUUGGUUUAUACGAGUACAUACAUCAAAUCCAUCCUGUGACUUUCCACCAAGUAGUUAUUUUUUUUAGUGCUUUUUCCUUUUCAUGUUGUUUUAGCACAAAGUGGCACUUUAUCAUCUAACCCUCGAUUUAGAAGCUAGUCCCUCCCCUUUGUCACUUUUCCCUCCACUGAACAGUCGAACAGUUGGCGGUAAUCUCGAAGGUUCGUAGUCAUGUUCCCUAUGACUCCCUCCAUGUCUUCAGACUUUCCCUGAAAUUAGGUAAACACAGCGGUAACUUGAUGUGUUUAUAUGACCAUCCCAGGAAGCAGGAGGCUCCUUUCUGUUUGCCUCAGGUCGCAUCUCUUGACCCAUGCUGAGAAAGUAGUGGCCAGGUCCCAGCUCCGUUCAGGAGGAAAGGAUAGCGGGGUUGUCACACCCCGAGGUGCAGGGGACAGAAGCACUUGGAGCCUGCUCUGCACUGCAGGCCUGGUGGCUCCGUGGGGGAGAGGCAAGGGUGGGGGCAUCUCCUUUGUUGCCAUACAACCGGAAUUUGCCCCAGCGCACUGCGAGGGCUGUGUCCCAGCUGAACUCUCCUCAGUGUGCGACUCUGAAUGGCACUCAGGUCAGUCUUGGCUCACACGGAGUCCACUGGAGCCCUUUGUUCAGGCGCCAGGCCCUCAGGCAUGGAAAUGAGAAUGUGACAGUGGCUGUCGCACAGGCAAGUUCUCGCUGGCCCCUGAAUGCGAGCACAGAGGCACUGCAUUUACAGCUGCACGCUUGCCUAAUAAACAAGGGAGGCGCAGUUCACAUGUAGAGCCACUUGUCCCCCCUCUUCCUUUGCUUUUUUCCCCCCUAAAGUCAUUCAUUUCAGAUGGUAAUGUGAGCGCUGUUCUUGUUAAUAAGGUCCUACUUGGGCUAAAACUGAGCUGAAUUUUCAAAGAGCAUUUGAAUACUCUCUUUUAAAAUCAGAUUAAGGAUAUAAGCUGCAUAGACCUGGACUGCUCUGUUGCAGGAAUAACAAUAAAAACCAAGGGGGAGGAAGGCACCCACACUCCUCCCGGUUGUGCUCCCUGCCUCCUGAACUGUUUGGAAGACACUGACAAGCAACUGAUCCGAGUCAAACUAGGAUUUUUCUGAAAAAUGGUGUUGGGUCUCUUUGAUGCAUUUAUGUCAGAAGGGAAUUUAAUAGCCUUGAAGAAAACCUCUUAACUUCCUGCUGUGAGUUUGCACCAGUGAUUCCAGAGCAGAACGGAGCAGAAAGUUGUUUGUAGCCCCUCUAUUCUUGUAAGCUCUCUGCAGCGUUGCACACGGACAGGGGUCCCUGUGACAGACUACGCAGGUGGCGAUGUACCUGCUGAAAGGGGUGCGCUCCUUUCUUGGCUCGGUGUUACGGAAGCAGGCCCAGGAGGCCUGGGUUCUCGUCCUAAUGGUCCCUUAUUCACACUGGACAGGAGGAGCGAUAGUUUCACCCCUCUGAGCCCCAGUUAUCUUAGACUGUCUCUAAAACCAUUUCAUCUACUUGUACAUCAUUUCCCCAAACAUCCAGCCCCGCCUUCCACAGCCAUUGCCUGUGGAAACGGGCACAUGCAGGCUCCUGCUCACCUUGAGGGGACUAGCAGAGCGCGCUUCUGCACUAGGCCUUGCUGUUGAAGACCCUUGAUCUUGCCCUCGCCCUGUGUCUUCGGCUUCUCUUGAGAGUCUCCAUCAUCAUCUCAAUGCCCGUGCCAUCCCAAGGCGGGUCGGUGACCGGGACAGGUGCACCCCUGGAACGAGGCAGGUACCCCGUCUUUCUGUGUGACUCAGGCAGAGCACUGAGAGUUCCCGGGGCAGAAGCCCUCCCAGCCCUGGCCUCCGUCCUCAAACUGCUGUCUUCAUUAACGUCGACUCUCUGGGGAGCCGAGCGUAUGCGCCUGGCAUCUGAAUGAGAGCGCUCUUUGUCACUGUGUGACUUGAGAUCAUUUUGCCAGCUCCAGGGAGACAAUGUGUGUGUUCUUGUUUGUGUUUGCCAGGCGAGCAGAUGUCUGAGAUGUGAGAGGCUUUUCUUUUGCUGUGGCAUCGAUUUUGGCUCAGAGUUCAAGUAAAGAUCACAGAAACAUCGCGCUGCGUUAAAAGAACUCUCGGGUCUGUGUUUCUUAGGCAGGGCAGGAGAGUUACUGAGAAGCAUCUUCCUGCAGCAGCCACUCACGAUACAUCUGGAAUCACUUUCUUUGUCCAGAAAGCCUUAACUUGAAUAUCCCCUGGUACCGUAAUACCAUGGUGGUGGAAUUCAAACUCUUCUGCUGAGGAGGGUUGAAGUGAAGCCACAAGCGAAAUCAGAAUUUCUUCAUGUGGCCUGUUCCUUGUUAUGUUAGGCACCCCCACCCCUCAGAGGUAUGGGCCCCAGAGCCCACCAAAUGCCACAUUUCUGACACCUUUCUUCCUUCUUGGCCUCACUCUGUUGUUCAAAGCCACUUUUGGAUUCCUUGGAUGCUUCAAAAAGCUGUGAGAAGUGGCCUGUCUGUGGCACGAACAGGCCCAGCCAUUAAGGGAAAAGUUCACUCCCUCCUCUGCUGUCUUUGCAGAGGGAAGCAACGCCCUCUUCAUGGGGCAAGGGUGUUUUUGCCAAACUGCAUCUGAGGCUAAGGGAGGGAGCGGGAAGUGGCCCGAGACUGGGCUGCUCCCCAAACAAAAGCUGCCUCUUCCUGCCUGUGCCGCUGCCUCUGCCCCAGACGCUGCAGCCCAGCAUCCCUGGAAGCGGGACACAGAGCCAGCUCACCAGCCGUCCUCCACCUCCAGACAGUACACAGCUGACCUUUGGGAGCGCUGGCCCCCCUCCCUGUUUUCUGAGCUGUUUGUUUUUCCUGGCAUGUAAGUGGGUGUCUCUAAUGAAUAGGAAGACAUUAAUUUCUAUUAAUAACUGGUGGCUUAAGCCUUUUAACUCUAUUCUUCUGUCAAUUAGUAAUGAAAUCUAUGGCCUAUCUUUUCCCCCACCCAGUCCCCAUAAGCCAAGAAAUCUAUUGCCAUAAGUUGGGGACAGUCCACAUAUAGCGCCUGCAGACACACCCUUCAUCUCAGUGGGCACUCUCCUUCCAGCCCACCCACACUGAGCAGUCCCCGUGCCCUAGAGUAACUGCUGACACCCCUGCGCCCCAGGCUGUUCGUGCGGGUGGCCAAGCUCCUGGGUAUAGAGUUAGGUUUCCUUUGGUGUUUGGUUUGGCCUCUUCAGUUUCCCUAAAGCACAAGUCCAUGUAGAGCCCUGUCACCUCUCCCCAGCAGCGCAGGUGACCUGGGCCUCUCCCACUGCCUCAGGAAGACCGUCACUGUACCUGAGCUUCUGACUUCUGCCACUGCAGCCGCCUUAGCAACGCCGGGGGGAGGGGAAGGGGCAGGGGAGCCAGUGUGCGUCUCCCUGGUUAGACUCCUGUCAACCACAUCCUUCUGUUGGCAGAUCUGCUUCCAGACCGAUUUUUGAGAACCAUCACUUUCACAUUCCUAAUUUUUGUUCUGUUUGGAUUUUCUGAAACUUAAAAUGCUGCCCUGAAAGUAAUGUAUUUUUUGAGUUUGUCUGAAAGCCUCCGUGCUGCUGGAUUAUGGGGGAGAAAUGUGGGAUCCUCCAGCACCAAGGCGUUUAAGAUUUGCAACUAGCAAUGCAAUUUUUUCUAAAUAUGAGGAUAUUUACCUUUAUUAAGAAACUAUACUAAACGAUGAUGUCCUUGAUCACUUUAUGUUCACGUAUUACUUUUGAUCCUAUUUUGAUUCUGUGUGGUGGUAAACAAAGAUCAUUACAAACAAAAAACUGUAAUUUUGUUAUCUUUGAUUCAGUGGGAUUUCUUUACUUAAAAAAAUUAAAGACUAA